GCAUCUUGUCGCCCUGUUCGCCUUCGUCGCACAGGAUGGCCUUGCACGCCCAGUCGCCGUUCGUCGUCAAACGAGAGAACGAAGAGAAUCCGAGCCUCUGGACGGGACCGGCCUCGAUGGUGAAACACGAGGACGCCGACGCCUUCGAGACGUGCGGUGACUUUUUCUUGGAACCGCGGCUUCCAGGAGGGCGGGGACCGGGAGCCGGCGACGAGGGGUCGGAGGAGCCCGCGGAUGCCUUCGCGUUUCUCGCCACUCCAGGCCGCAAGUUCAUCGACAUGGAGGUGUGGACGGAGGACUUUGAUGAAGUGAUGGUGACGGAGGAGGAGGAGGAGGCGGCGGGGGCAGUGGUGAAGCGGGAGUACGAAGGGAGAUGGAGCCCCGAGUUCCUGAGGAUCGUGGUGAAAACCGAAGUGGGCGAUGACGCGCUGCGUCCGGAGCCACGAGAGGCCCCCUGGAGGCCGGCUGAGGCGGACGAAUCUGGCGGAGGUCACUUCACCGCAGACCGGAACUUCAUCGAGGUGGAGGUGUCGGAGGACGACGAGGAGGAGCGUAACGAGGGAAGAGAGCCCCUAUGGGAGGGGUGGUGCGGGAGCGCGACGGGGGCGCACGAUGCCGGACGAUCCCCCAGUGGGCGGCACGGGAGGCCGCCGCCCACCGCCGCCAAUCGGACGGGGAGCGGACUCGGAGGGAGCGCGGGGGCGGCGCCCCCCGGUGGCGGCAGGAAGAGGCCGCACGCUUGCGGCAGGUGCGGCAAAGUGUUCGCGCGGCCCUCCGACCUGGAGAAGCACUCGAGGACGCACACGGGCGAGAGGCCGCACGCGUGCGGCGAGUGCGGCAAAGCGUUCGCGACGCGCUACAACCUGCGGACGCACUCGCGGACGCACACGGGCGAGAAGCCGUACGUCUGCAGCCGGUGCGGCAGGGGCUUCGCACAGAACGGCCACCUCAAGAGGCACUUCAGGAGGCACUCCAGGACGUACACGCCGCAGUGACGAAGGCCUCGAGAGGCGGGCGGGGGGGGGGGGGGGGUCAGUAGCGACGGCAAAUGUCGCCAUGCUCCUGCAACGCUAUCGGCCCCCACCAUGUCAACUAAAGAGAAACUCUUUUUUUAUUUGAUCAGCUAUAAGCAUUGGGCUGCUACGUAGCGGUAACAUGGCCAUCGCAAAUGACAGCAGCUCGACCUCUUCCUGAUGACGACCGCUUGUGUUGCGAUCGAAACGUCGGCUUUUUUUGUUAUUUUCUUUGAACCUAUCUACGUGACUUUACCGAAAGUCCCAAAGAAUACUCAACCAAGUGGCUUAUAUCGUCAUUGUCGCGAGGAAAUUCAUAGCAGCAGCCAAAUUAGCUAAGUGUGUGUUUCUAGAGACUCAUAGAUACCCACAAAGACCCAGACAGAUUCACACUCAAGAGACCCACAGAGACCCAUGCUCAUUGAGACUCACAGAGAUUCAUAGAGACCCAUACUAAUAUUAAACUAUAUUUUAUUUUACCAGGUAAGGCCCACUGAGUCUUGUAGCUCUUUUAUAGCAGCACCCGAAUACCGAAAUUUUUUAUGGGUCUCUGUAAUGAGUCUAUGGGUCUCUGUGUAAUAAGUCUGUGGGUCUCUAUGUGAUGAGGCUAUGGGUCUCUGUGUGAUCAGUCUAUGGACGACCAGGUAAACAGCCACUUAGUUGCUGUGUAGUAGCUCUUGUUCAGAAGUGACCUGCCCAUCACAAAUGAUAGCAGCUCAAACAAGUGGCUUAUCACGUGGACAUUUAUAGCAGCAGCCAAAUAUUCUAAACGCACACCAGGCGAGGUAGUUAACAUCUCCUAGCCACUGUGAUGAUGACAGUGAGAGAUGCAAAGCCCAAAUAAACAGCAGGUAUCAGGGUCGUGAUUGAAACCAUGACCACCUGGAUCCCAGGCGGGGUAGUUAACAUUUCCUAGCCACCGUGAUGAUGAUGAGAGAUAGAAACAUGCAAACAUACAGCAGCAGGCAUCGUCAGGGUCCGGGAUCGAACCCACGACCUCCUACAUACCAGGCGAGGUAGUCAACAUCUCCUAGGCACCACGGGGCCACUUAACCACACAGAUUCACAAUGUAACGGUUCACCCUCUGGCCUCUCAAAGUUAACCAUCGACUAUCCAUUAUCGGGAUUAUCGGGGUUGUUGAUUAAAUCUUGAUUGAAAACUCA